AUGGCCCCAUACUUCCACGAGUCACCCCAGCAGACGUGGAAGGAAGAUCAGGAUAUCCGAAUUACGGCCGAAAGCAUAAAGAAUGGCCACACCAGUGAAUGCCGUCGGUCUGGUCGCAAAUUUGAGUGUCACGUCCUUCGAACCGUUUGUCAGAGAGUGCCAAAGACUGGAUGA